CCAUUUCGCUUCUUAAACAAACUCCCUGAACUAGUCGAUGGCAUAGCAGCACUGUUUAUGAAAGAACUCUCAACGCUGCAAAUUAAUUGGUCACGUGGCUCAGCUCAUUUUUCGCACCAAUUGGACUCGUGACUGCCAAGUAAUUGGUUACUUGACCCCGGAUUACUUUUCAUACAGAAAGUGCACAGAGGUUGCAAACUGUCUGAUCACUUGGCUUCCGUUGCCUUUUCGCACACAGUGCAAGAUAUUUUUCCCGUUAAAGUGCACUAAUUGUUUGUUUUCUGGCUUCGAGUUGUUGAAGCAUGACAGCGCGUGCAGUUCUCGCGUGCCUGCUCGUGUCCGGAGUCUGUGCUUUCGGAGGUCCCCCUUACCCUGUGACAGCAGCGUGGUUCCGGGAUCGCUUUACCUAUGGCGACUGGAACAAGACUCUAGCCGAGUUCCAGACCCAGGGAGGAGACACUGUGUUCCUUCGCGCCCCUCCCAUCAUCGAGAGGACCAGGGACGACCUGCUGCGAGACCCGAUGUACGUCUGGUGCGGCAGUGUCAACAGCAGCACGGGGGUCGACGGCACCCGAUGCUUCGACGAGGCCGUGGAGGAAGUGACGCAGAAGGGGUUGAAGGUCAAAGCUCUGUUGACCUACGAGUACGAGGAGGGGUUUAGCGACGCCAUCAUGCUGUGCCCUCAGCUGGACCGAAAAAUCAGCAGCUCUCGCCUGUAUUACAGGCUCGUUCUGCCUAUUGAUGUCUCCAACGACACCCUGGAGUCGUGCGACUUCCCAGAGGGCGCCAGCGUCGCGGUGCUCUUCACCUCCUUUGCGGGCACGGACCCUCAUGCCCUUUUGCUUGAGGUCGCUGCCUCCCGCAACAUCACCGUCUUCUUUGGCCUCCCUGCCGCUCCCCAGACGUCAGCCUACCGAGGCCGCCAGGGGGCGCUACAAGCAAGUGCGUUAACCUUCGACGAUGACCUGAUGGGCGCCUACUACGCCUGGGUGUACCGCGUUCUUCGGGAGCAUCAGAUCCGAUACGGCAGCAGCCCCGUGACCCGGACGAGCUCCGAAACCGAGAGAGUUUUUCCCGGAGGAAACAGUUUUAGCCGUUUUCAGCAAAAAUCGCUGUACGACUCGCUGGGAGGCUAUUACGCUACAGACGAAUGCUGCCUGGCGCAGGUGGACGCCCAGUCUCCGUACAUCAGGCUGUACCAGACCCUCGGCCGGCUCGUCCAUGCGUUGCCUAGCAACAAAAAGCUGGCCCUCUCUCCUUACAUUGAUCUGAAUCGUUCACAGCUCAACGCCACCGUCCUGCAACACGUGCAAGGUCUGGAGGCCAUCGCGGCGACGGGGGAGGUCGACGUCGUCGCCGUGCAGGAGGGACGGGGGGCCGGCAAGGGCUGCUACUACUGGGCCACGCAGAGGAAUGUCUCAAUCAGCCGCGUGGACCCUGUGCUGGACCACGUGCUUCGUUACCUUGACCCCAGUCUCAGGCCUAAUGUCACCUUCAGCGAGGCCUGCACAGCCAGCAACCAAGAGGUGUUCUUUGCGUUGGAGAGGAGUCGUGAAAGCCUUACCCAGCAAGGUGUCAGGUUCGACCUAUGGCUGAACGUCGAGGCGUUUGAAUACCUGAGGGACGACCCCUGUCUGCCUGUGGACAUCGCCGCAUCAGGCAUGGGCGAGCUGCUCAACAGAGCCUCCAAAAGCAGAAUAGACCAUGCUCUCACUGUUGCAAGCGCGCGAGUGCAGAAAGUAAUUUCCUUUGCUUGGGAUUCCGACUACACGUGUACAACACAGCAAUACAAAUCGAGCCUGGCCGCCGAUAUUAGGGCUACCUUUGGACAGCCGAUUAUCGCAAACUGCUCAUUUCAUUCUCCAGCCAACAAGUCCAUCGUCGUCAUUGGUUACAACUUACUGGGUAUCCAGCAAGCGUAUCAGGUGAAUUGGCCUGCGCGAGGGCAGCGACGAAUCUCCUCCCUGUAUGGUUAUUAUUUUGAGACCGACUGGGGCAUGCAGAACGACCGCGUGCCCUCGCUCAUCUACACACAGCUGUACGACCUACCCGGGGUACUGGAGGACCUGGACUACAAGGGUUGGGUCAGCGUCGGGGCCAUCAACGUGGAACACGAGUGUGUCUUCGAGUACGACUUCACGAGCCACAGCCACGCGCACAGGCGGACUUACAACUCCCAUCGCCGUCCUGCAAGCAGACGACAGCUGCACGGGCAGUGAAAUAAAAUUUCUUCCACCCUUU